GAUGAAGAAGAUUUUCUCAAACGUUGAAGCGCGCUGUGGCUGCCGCGGUGCAUUGUGGGAGCCGCCGCUUGGCGCAUUUCCGCUGCCAUUGUGCGCGAGAGACGGUAAAUAACACUGAAGCUCCACUCUAAACACGACUUCUACUGAGGUGAUCGCGUGUCAGAAUGGCUCGUACUAAGCAGACCGCCCGUAAAUCCACCGGAGGAAAAGCUCCUCGUAAGCAGCUGGCGACUAAAGCGGCCCGUAAGAGUGCGCCCUCUACUGGAGGAGUCAAGAAGCCCCAUCGCUACAGGCCCGGGACCGUGGCUCUGCGUGAGAUCCGGCGCUACCAGAAGUCCACCGAGCUGCUGAUCCGCAAGCUUCCCUUCCAGCGUCUGGUGCGUGAGAUCGCUCAGGACUUCAAGACCGACCUGCGCUUCCAGAGCGCCGCCAUCGGAGCCCUGCAGGAGGCCAGUGAGGCGUAUCUGGUGGGUCUGUUCGAGGACACUAACCUGUGUGCCAUCCACGCCAAGCGCGUCACCAUCAUGCCCAAAGACAUCCAGCUGGCGCGCCGCAUCCGCGGAGAACGUGCCUGAGCGCUCUCUCCUCUCUCUCUCUCUCUCUCUCUCUCUCUCUCUCUCUCUCUCUCUCUCUCUCUCUCUCUCUCUCUCUUUCUUUCUUGCUGUUUGUUGGUAGUUUUAGAGUUCAGUCCUGU